AUGGCUGCCAUGAUGCGGCGUUCUGUGAGAUGCUUGAGGUUUUUCGGCGAAGCUCAGCGGUUGGAAGAACAUUGGAGACUUUGGAGUCGCGAAACGAACGCCGUGGCCUCGAAGGCUUCGAUGGAGGCGCUCUCCAUGGAAAUGAAGCAACUUGCUGAGGACACCAGACCGAGUGAAGAGCAAGAAGCGGCAAAGGACGCGCUCUUUCGUCAAGUUGAACAAGCUGGGAAGGAGUCCCUGGACGGCUGCACGGCGGAGCUCUUCGGCUCCGCUGGAACGAAGCAAUGGAUGCCGGGAAGUGAUCUGGAUAUUUGUCUUCUGGCUCCAGACGUCACCACCUCGGCCUCGCAGGUUAGAAGUCUUCGGAAAGUGGCCAGAGCACUGCGCCAGACAGGUGCGAGUCACAACAUCCAACCGCGUUUUCAUGCGCAGAUGCCCAUCCUGCGUUGGACUCCUCGACGUCCAGAUCGUCCAGGAUCCAUCGCCUGUGACAUCAGCGUGGGCAACGUGCUGGCAGUGGCCAACACACGGUUAAUGGCGAGUUAUUUGGACCUGGAUGACCGGGUGCCAUUGUUGUUGCGUGCCAUUAAGGUCCAGAUUGUCCCCAUAGCUCAGGGCAUGGACGUGUUACCGUGGCCAUUUCAGCAUUGCCAUCAGCCACUAGCGUUGCCGCGUUGCCCUAAAGACCUCAUGAGCGCCGAACUCUCCCUGUUCUUUGACAAUCUCGAUGCCUCAGGUUUGGCGGCAAAGAAAGUGACGAUCAUUUGGGAAGGCACUGCAGGAGCCGGGCGCCAGUACAUGGCGGCCGCAUCCUUUCUGCAGAAGCUGGGGAUGACCGUCUCUUUAGUCGGACCACCAGACGUCCAUGUCUUAGCGAAGCAUUACGAGUUGGCCUACGUUUGCACCAGCCCUUCAACUCAUGAGCUCUUGUCGAGACCUAGUGUUGUUGCAGCCACCACAGCAAACGACUAUGAUCUCUUUGAGAAAGCAUGGGCCUUGGAAAGUGAACCCUACACAGCUGCAAACAUCCAUGUCAUUUGCCAAGCGAUCAAAGGUUUUGAGCCUGAGCUGAUCCUGACGUCCACCAGGCCUCUACACCGAGUGCUGGCAGUUGGAAAUGCUUUGACGAUCCCUGUUCUUUGCCUAGCUCUACAGGAACCAACGGAUGUCUUGGGGGACUGCUUUGAACCUGCCUGGGCCACUAUGAAGGCAUCGAAACUGGCAUCCGUUCUGUCAUCAGAACUUCAACAGUGGGGUUCCAGCUUUGAGCAAGCCCUAAGGAUCUCCUCGCCCGCUGCACAUUUUUGGCCCAGUGCGGCCCAAGUCAAAGCACUGGCAGGCAAGCUGCCGCGGUUUCCCUAUUUCACGCUCUACAAUUUCGAACAGUUGGAUAGAAAGGAACUUGACUUCUUCAGUUACGACCCCGAUGGUUUCUGCGAGCAACCUGAGACCCUGCCCUACAAUCUCAGCAAGAGAAAGGCCAAGAAGCAAAAACCCUCCAAUGUGUUCGCUUUGGGUUGUUUCCAGUGGGACAUUGAAGAAGAAGCCUAUUUGCCAGUUCUCUACGAUCGUGUGGAGGCGCAGAAAUUAGAGGAAUUCAUCCUUCAUGCAAGUGAAAACCUUCGAGUAAAUGAUGCAGAACUUGUUUAUGUGAGCUUUGGCCCGGUGAUUUGUAAGGAUGUGAAAUUCAUGACACGUCUGGUGCUGCGGGCUUGUAAGAUCGUAAAUCUGAAAGCCAUUGUGGACACCAGUUGUGGCAUGUCCCUAGAGCAGAUCAAAGGUGACGGUGAUGAAGAAACCUUGAAAGAGUAUUGUGAGAAGAACGUCUUCUUUGUUCACAAAGUUCCUGCCGCCAAAUUUUUGCCAAGGUGCCGUGUCUGUCUUCACGACGGAAAUUCCGCCAUGCUCCGUCAGACACUUCAAGCGAGUGUGCCCAGUAUCAUGGUACCCAUUUUCGGCCAGCAGUUUCAGAACGCUCAGCGCAUGAUGAGUCACGGUAAUUGCGCUCUUCUCGGCGACAUGAAAGGGCUCGUGCCCUCCACCCUGGCCACCGGCUUGGAAAACUUCAUGAACGACAAGAAGCUCUUCCGAACAAUUCAGCACAAGAUUGCUGUUUCUGCGCAGCGAAUGACUUAUAUGAGCCUGCUUGCAGAACAUCGACUCGUACAUUUGCUCCAAAAAACUUGGACAGAGACCUUGGAGGGCAACAAUUUUCUGAAAGAUAUGGAUGAUUUAAAGGCUGAUGAUGGCGGAGCAUUCCGAUGCUGUUCCGUCAAGGGCCGCCGUGUGCAGCCAUGAUGUUGGUCGCGAAAGCCGGUGAGACGACUCUGGGCAAACCAAAAAAAACGGGGAACAUGGG